UGCUGUCUGCACGUUUCCCCCAUCAGCUCUGUAGCGGAAGUGUCGACCCUCACGUAUCUCGUGCUCGGAGCUGGAGGACCGUCCGAGCGGGCAGCGGGAGGGCGGACGGACAAGAAAUGGCAAAGAGUCGUGUCUGAACGGCUUUUCGGACCUCGCUCUUUGCAAAAUACGCUUUAGUGGGAACAAUGGUGAAGUAUUUCAGCUGUGCGGGGUUACUUAAAGGCACGUGGGACCAAGUGUCUGUAGCAUUCUGGCAAAGAUACCCAAAUCCUUACAGUAAUCAUGUUUUGACCGAAGACAUAAUCUUCCGGGAGGUGACUCCCGAUAACCGCCUCAUUUCUAGGCGGCUCUUGACCAAAACCAGCCGAGCGCCUCGCUGGGCGGAGAAGUUCUUUCCCGGCCACAAGACGCGUAAGGCCUACAUCAUCGAGGACUCUGUAGUGGAUCCCAAGGACAAAACCAUGGUCACUCUCUCAUGGAACAUCACCCACACGCGCCUCAUGUCUGUGGAGGAGCGCUGUGUGUACAGAGUGAACCCCGACAACAGCAACUGGACGGAGAUCAAGAGAGAGGCUUGGAUCUCAUCCAGCUUGUAUGGCCUCUCCAGAGCUGUUCAGGAAUUUGGCCUGGCCAGAUUUAAGAGCGGUGUCACGAAGACUAUGAAAGGAUUUGAGUACGUCUUGGCCAGAAUGCAAGGUGAAACGCCCGCGCGUACGCUGGCGGAGACGGCGACCGAGAAGGCUCGAGAGACCGCGCUUGCUGCUAAAGAGAAGGCAAAAGAUUUGGCCUCUCAAGCACAGAAGAAGCAAUACGUAUGAUGUGGAGACUGGCGCUUGCCAGUGUUUUCCGAAGCCUGUGCCUAAUUUCACCGAGACUUUGUGAAAAGGGUCGGGCGGGUUCGGUUCUCGAGGUCACCGCCCCCGUUCUGUACGGCCACCAAACCUACUACACCCAUUCCCACCCUUAAUCGGUGUGCUCUUCCACCUUUUUAGGCCUAAAGUAAAUUUGACUUGGUCGCAGAUACAUCGCCAUGCUUUGCGUAGUGUUAGCAUGUGAGACGUGUUACUGCUACAAAUCCUUACUUUUUCCAACUUUGGCAUAUUUUAAAACAUUUCUGUGAGCUCUUUGUUGAUUUUUUUUUUCUUUUUUCUGUGAUUUGUUCACAGUUAAGGAUAUAAUCUUGUAAUCCUGUACCCUUAGGAUCAAAAAGCCACGCCUUCUCCUUCAGUUCUGCUGUAUACAGUUCCUUCAUUGCUUCAAAUUGAAGUGACAUUGAGCGUUGAUGGGUCCAUGUUUUUAGCAGUCAUUGCCUAGAUGUCUAAAUACUGCAUCAGUGUUCCAGCAAUUGAAAGUAUGGAAGAAAGGAUCGCAGUGGACGGCAAUGUCUGUAAAUAUGCUUGAAAUCAUUAUUUACUGGUACGCAAUAUAUAAUUAUUAAAAAUCUAGCUACAAUGAAAAUCUACAAAGCUCUUAAUUCAGUAGCAUUUGCUUACUGUUCAAUAAACAUUUUCUAUCCAG